GGUAAGACGACUGGGACUGCACAACAGGCAGUCACUGGACCUGGACCGAGGGACUCACGGGAACACAGGCACGGCUUACUCCAGAAAAGGAAGAACCUCCCUCCUUUCUGUCGUGAACACAAAUGCCUUGUUCUUGGAAGCGACCCAUGCUCCUGUCUGUUCAUGAGGAGCCCAUGCCCACCACAGCCUCUUUUGGCUUUGAAAUGUUCAACGUCACCACACACGUCCUCGGGUCUGCUCUUAACAGGACCCUCUCAGAGGAUGACAACUGCCCAGACACCGAGUGGUGGAGCUGGCUCAACGCCACCCAGGCCCCCUUCCUCUGGGUCCUCUUCCUGCUGGCUGCACUGGAGAACAUCUUUGUCCUCAGUGUGUUCUGCCUACACAAGAACAGCUGCACCGUGGCGGAGAUCUACCUGGGCAACCUGGCCGCUGCGGACCUCAUCCUGGCCUGCGGAUUGCCCUUCUGGGCCAUCACCAUUGCCAAUAACUUCGACUGGCUGUUUGGAGAGGUGCUGUGCCGCGUGGUGAACACCAUGAUCUACAUGAACCUCUACAGCAGCAUCUGCUUCCUGAUGCUUGUGAGCAUCGACCGCUACCUGGCACUGGUGAAGACCAUGUCCAUGGGCCGGAUGCGCGGAGUGCGCUGGGCCAAAAUCUACAGCCUGGUGAUCUGGGUCUGUACGCUGCUUCUGAGUUCUCCCAUGCUGGUGUUCAGGACCAUGAGGGACUACAGUGAGGAGGGCUUCAACGUCACCGCCUGCGUCAUUGUCUACCCAUCCCGCACUUGGGAGGUGUUCACCAACGUGCUGCUGAACCUGGUGGGGUUCCUCCUGCCCCUGAGUGUCAUCAGCUUCUGCACCGUGCAGAUCCUACAGGUGUUGAGGAACAACGAGAUGAAGAAGUUCAAGGAGAUCCAGACAGAAAGGAAGGCCACUGUGCUGGUGCUGGCUGUCCUGGGCCUCUUCGUGCUGUGCUGGGUGCCUUUCCAGAUCAGUACCUUCCUGGACACCCUGCUGCGCCUCGGCGUGCUGUCCGGAUGCUGGGACGAGCACGUUGUCGAUGUCAUUACACAGAUCAGUUCCUAUGUGGCCUACAGCAAUAGCUGCCUCAACCCUUUGGUGUACGUGAUUGUGGGCAAGCGCUUCCGAAAGAAAUCCCGAGAGGUGUACCAGGCAAUGUGCCGGAAGGGAGGCUGCAUGGGAGAACCCAUCCAAGUGGAAAACUCCCUGGGGACUCUGAGGACCUCCAUCUCAGUGGAACGCCAGAUCCACAAGCUGCAGGAUUGGACAGGGAACAAACAGUGAAGACUGGUGCAACCUAGGCUACUUAGCCUGGGUUCAGGAAGGAGCUCGAAGCAUCACCCUAGGCAGCCCCAGGGAAACAGGCAGAUGAUUCCAGACCUGUCUCACAGCAUGAGCCUGCUGUGAGGAGUGGGUGCCCUGGAGCACAGUGGGAUUAUCCUUAUUGGCUGGCACUCUGGGACCUCAUGAAUGGAGGGGUCCUGGGGUAGGGAUGGGAGUGAUAGCUCCUCCUUCCCACAGUGGGUGGGGAAGAACAGAUCUCCAGGAAAACUGCUGCUGGCUUUAGUCCUGUGGCUACAUGCACAGGAGGCCUGGCUGACUUGCUCCCGGGUCUCAUGGUUUGAUGACUUCUUGGUCUCUGAAGGUUAAACUCGAGCAGUCCCUGGUAAGGACCCCAGGACUGUGCCACUCCUCUCACCCGUGGACAAGGUGAAAAGUGAAAAAGAACCCUCCAAUGUGUUCAUGGAGCGCUUGCCGAAUACACAACAUCAGAUGCUGUGGGCAAGACGGAAGAGGGUCACAGUGAACCCCGUCUUAAAGGAACCCCAGCAUAAGUGGAGGAUGCCCAGGACCUGCAGUCCCUAGAAGGCUGCUGAUUGUGUGUGAAUGGGAGAGCUGUGGAGAGAGCAGAAAGCACAGGGCCUAGGUGAGCCAGUGGACAGCAGUGGCCUCUGCUUCCUCGGCUGUAACGUGAGAGUGUCUUGUGUGCUCUGGAAAGUGAUAGGUGUCAUGUGACUGUGUGGCAUCAGAACGCACAUUACAUAGAGACGCCUGGCACAGAGAAGGUCACUGAGCUCUGGAACUACCCCGUGGGGAACAAUCAGUGUUGGAAAACACAGGACGCGGCAGCAGGUGUCUGAGGCCCUCCUCGAUUCUACCUUUCCCUGCUAGUGCCCCACCCCCAUGCACAUACAAUAAAGCAUUUGGUACGUGGGGAGGGCGUAUAGUAGGAAAUUACCAAUACGGAGCCAGGUAGAAAUAUAAGGGUAUUUAAUAGGGAAAAGCCUUACUUACAGAGCAAACCAGCCAGCCAGUGGUAGUCUGUCCAGCAAGAAGCAAAGAGAGAUGGAAACCAAAAAUGCAGACCCCCUACUCAUUCUGACCACGCCCUUACAAGCCUGCCCAGGUACUCCUGUAGCCAGCCCCUAAGAAGGCGUGGCUACAGCUUCCCCUACAAGGGCGGGAGACUGCAAGUGUUUGUGUUGCAAGGAGACAAACAAGAAGAAUUCUGAUGGGACCUGCCCAGGGAAUCCACAGCUCACCCACAGCCUGGUUGCAAAGCAGUAGCUGUCCAGGGAAGUCCACGCUGCUUCAGAGUCCCUGUCUCGGUGACCAAAGGGUGCCAGUCAGGGGUUUAUUUGAGAGUGGCUUGCAAAGCAGUGGAAGCUACAUACGGGCAGCUGACCUACCCUAGGUCAGCUUAUUCCAGGGCAUUGACUCCAGGCCCAACUCCCUACAUGGCCACAGACUGCCUCAUGAGUGAUGGCAGAGGUGGGCUGAGCUGCCUGGGAACCCUGACUUGAAAAAGGCCCCCUGGGAUGGGGGGGGCUUUGAACACCUCUCCCACUAGAGAUGAGAGGAGAGCCCCCCAGAUUGCUUCAGGGCCAUUGGGUUCUCCAUUAGAACCUAUUUCAGGGACCUUGUAUGGGCUCAGUUGUCCGUGGAGACAGUUGUCCCAGCAACCCUGCCAGAAACUCAGGUGAGAGACACCAUACUUCUAGUUUCAGAAUCUUCCAUGGGAGUUUAUUUUUCCAUGUGUCCACAGCAGUUACUUUUCUCAUAACCAUGACAAAUUACCGGACAGAAACAGCUUAAGGGAGAAAAAAGGUUUAUUUCAUCUCACAGUAUCAAAAGGGUUUCAGUCCACUGUAGCAGGGGCAGUAUGGCGAUCAGAGCUCGUGACAGAGACAACUUCCAUCAGAGUGGCACACUGAGACUGUGUAGGAUGUGACUGACCAUCAAAGGCUUGCCCUAGUGGCUUUCACCAACUCUGUCUGACCUCCUAAAGCUUGCAUAGCUUCCCAAAUAGGGCCGGCACUCAGGGAAUAAGAUCUCUAAACAUGAACCCGGGCAGGGGAAAUUUCAGUCUCAAACUGUAACAAUGAUACAGACUGGCCCCUGUGACUCACACAACUCUGAGUCCCUGGGGAGAAAGGCACCCAUAGCCUCCAACACCAAGCCACUUAGGACCUGGCCACUCAGUAGCCCAGGACCUGUGGAGACUCGGGAAGCCAGCAGAGUUCACGGGCGUUUCUGGCCACCCGGGAGCCAAGGGAGCACCUUAGGUGGCAAAACAAAACAAAACAAAAGACCCUUGCAUCCCCAUCAAUCUGACUUUGAAUUUCCUAACAGAGAAGACCCUGGGAAAUUCCCUUUCCACCCCAUCCUGUGUCCCUCCUCCAGUAAACUUAACACAUGUAGUCGGCAAAGGAAAACAGGCGAUGCUGGAAUGCUGUUCUAGAAUGGAACCCAGCCAUGCCCAUACUGUGAGUGAAAAAGCUGGGCCUGGGCCUCAGAAGAGGUGCUGGUGGACUGUGGGCUCCAGAUACACAGCUGGCCACAGCCUGGGCUCCUCAGGUUGGUGCCUGGGUCUCUGCAAGAGGAGAGUCCCCUAGUGCAUCAUGUGGACACACAUGCUGAAGAGAAAUGGUGUGCUGUGAAAGUCCCAGAGAUCUUGUGCAGAGGAAGUAACUGGGGUGCCCAGGUGGCGGUGGGGGGGCACCCCGUGUAAACACAAACGCCUUCUGUGCAUUGGAAUAAACGGAUGAGUUUUGCAUAG